GGGGCUGGCCAUCUGGGAGAGGCAGACAGCUGUGGACGCCAUGGAGGCCCUGAGUGCGGUACUGUCCUGCCCCGUGUGCAUGGAGCUGUUUACGCCCCCCGUGCUGCUCCUCUCCUGCUCCCACAACUUCUGCAAACAGUGCCUGGAGCUGAUCUUGGUGUGCCAGAACUGCACCCACGUCAACGGACAGUUCUGCUGCCCAGUGUGUAGGAAAGUCAUUUAUUUGAGGGGAAGGGGAACAAACGGAUUGCAGAGGAACAUCUUGGCUGAAAACAUACUGGAGAAGUUUAAGGAAGAACUUGAGAUGCUUCACACCAAGGAGCAAAAUCAACUGGCUCAGACAUGUGAAAAGCAUGGAGAAAGUGUGAAUCUGAUGUGCCUAAGUGAUGAAGAACCAAUAUGUGGAAUGUGCAAGCUCUUUGGGGACCACAAGACUCACCCAGUAGCCAAGAUUUCUGAUGCCUAUGCAGAGAGGAAAUUGAACUUUGCUAAGGAUAUUCAGCUGGUGCUGCAGAAAUCUGAGAGCGCGGCACAGGCAGUACAGGACAUGGAGAAGCUCAUCAGGGAACUCUCUACCAGCGCCACUGACACACUGGCCAUGAUCGACGCCAUCGGAGACAGCCUGCUCAGUGGCAUCAAAUGUCGUAUUGCCACCUUGAAAAAGCAACUGCAGAGUGAGCACUGCUCCAAGCUGGAGAAGUUACAGCUGGUUGCCCGGGAACUUGAAGCCCCCCGAGAGCUUUACCAGCAGAUGAAGAUGCUCCUGCAGCAUCAUGCUAACGCAGUGCAAUUUCUCCACGAGCAUAAAAGGCUCAAGGGGGAGAUGGAGAGACUCGUGGAGGGCAGCGUGUCCCCCCCAGUCCCCACCAAGGACACUAUUUCCAUCAGGCGCUAUUUUCAAGAGCUCAUUAGAGGAAUAGACAUCACUGCCUUUGCCCCGCCUGAGACUGACCAAGCACCGGCCAGCAUGGCUGGGCUCCAAGAGGCCUGGCAGGCAGGCUGUGCCAUGCAGGGCCGUCUGUCGCAACAAGUGCUUGAGGAUAUUUUGUGCAAGGCAGUGUCGGGCUCAGGGCCAAAACCAAAUCAAGAGGCAAAGCUUCCUAGGAACCCAUCUCAUGCUUACUCAGUACAAGGAAGUGAGAUUGGUUCUAGAGAAUCAACCGUGUAAGGUAUUAUUUUGGUCUCAAGAUGUCAACAACUUUUAUCAUUUUGUUUGUAACUUGACAGUUGCUAGAC